UGUGUCAUGUGAUGUUGUUUUUGUCGCAGUUUGAUGACGAGAGUCGGCGCGGUGGAUUAAAGCUGGCGAGCGGCGCUGGGCUCUGGCAGGCGAAGCUGUGUGGUUGCUUGGUAGAGCGCGUCCGGUCCUGUGGGGAGACCAUGGCGGCCCUGCCCAUGCAGCAGCCUAGCUACCUGCUGGCUCUUCUUAAAGCAGAUGGUGCGAACAAACCUCAAUUUCAAAGAUGCCAUGAAUUGUCCAAAGCGAUAGAAGAUUAUUCUCCCAAGGAGCUCCAUUUGAUUUUCCCCUGGCUGAUGGAGAGCGUGUUUGGUAACCAAGAUGGAAGUGUUCCCGGUUGGAACAUACGGUAUUUGCAAGGUCGAGCAAGUCCAACUGAAUAUGCUGCUGUGGUUGAUUUCUUGGAUCCCAGUGGCCCAAUGAUGAAGUUAGUUUAUAAACUCCAUGCUGAAGAUUAUAAGUAUGAAUUCCCAAUCUCUUAUCUUCCUGGUCCUGUGAAGGCUUCAAUCCAAGAAGGCGUUCUACCUGAUUUUCCACUGUAUCAUAACAAACUACAGUUUCCUCCCUCAGGACUGGCCAAUCUCAGUCUCUCACUCAAUCCCUUUGAAUACUAUCUCUUCAAUUUAGCUAUGCACCUCACCACACCACGGAAUUGCCCACCAGGGCAGCUCUUCAGCACCUCAGACAGUGCCUAUUUUGUCAUAGUGGACAGGUACCUGAAAUACUUCCUCCCAGUAGAAGGGAAUGUGCCAGCAUCACCGUUCUUGAACGCAUGUGGCACUGUCUCUCCUCCGACACCAAGAGCUCAGAAUGUGCCAUUCACCUCCUAUGGUGGGCCCCACACUAGCCUGUUGAAGCGUCAUAUAUCCCAUCAGCCCUCAGUGAAUACAGACCCAGCUGCACAGGAAAUCUGGAGAUCAGAAACAUUGCUUCAGAUUUUUGUUGAAAUGUGGCUUCACCAUUAUUCACUGGAAUUGUAUCAAAAGAUGCAGUCUCCCCAUGUCAAGUUGGAGGUGCUACAGUACCGCCUCGGUAUCUGCAGUACUCAGUACAGCACUGCAUCGCCACUGCCUGGCCAUGGCACCUUCCACACAUACCAAGAACCCUUCACUCCAACAGAGGAGCAUGUGCUAAUGGUGAGGCUGCUGGUCAAGCACCUCCAUUGUUUCUCCAACAGCAUAAAACAGGAGCAAGCCUUACCCUCACCUUCAACUCAUUCUCACACUGGGAGCCCACUGGAAGAAUUCAAGAGGGCCGUGAUUUCAUGUUUUUUUCAGCAGAAGCUUUAUGUGUUCCUGCAGCAAUGUUUCAGUCACUGGCCCCUGGAUGCCUCCUUUAGAGCUGUUUUAGAAACAUGGCUCAGCUAUCUGCAGCCAUGGAGGUAUGCGGCAGAGAAACUACCCAACGUGAUUGAAUCUGUGGAUCGCAGUGUACCAGACAAAUGGGCACCGUUUGUGCAGGAAAACCUGCUGAUGUUCACAAAACUCUUCCAAGGCUUUCUGAAUCGAGCUUUGCGCACUGAUCUUGUCAGCCCCAAGAAUGCACUGAUGGUGUACCGAGUGGCCAAGGUGUACAGUCAGCCUAAUCUCGCUGAAAUGAUAAAGGAAGCUGAGCGCUUGUUCUUGGAACCUGAUCCCUUGCACCAUCCAAGGCAGCAUCGUGUGUAUGCAUCUCCAGGGUUCAGCAGCAGCUUCAUGUCAUCGUGGCAUUCCCCAAUGGCGGAUACAACCUUCAGAGUCAAGAGUCAUGUGUACAACCUGGAGGGGCAGGAUUGUGUGUACAAGCAGAUGUUUGGGUCUGACGUCAGGAAUUUGGUACUGAAACUGGCCCAGUUAAUAGCACAGGCCAAGCAGACUGCUAAAUCCAUCUCUGAUCACACAGCUGAGCAAUCCACAGGCCACUCACUGAUGUCCUUGCUGGGUCUGUCCACCUAUGAUUUCAACACCUCUGCUUACGGAGGCAAUGACCUGGAUGACUUGGGACCUGAUGAGAUACGGAAAACUGAUGAGUAUUUGGAAAGAUCACUGGAGUAUUUGUGUCUGGUGUUCAAGCUCAGCACACCACACUUGUCAUCCCUGGCAACAAAUGUGGGAGCAACCAGUGAUGAAAAUGGGAGGCACCAAAUGCCCGACUGUAUUCAGGGAGAGAAUGGGCUGACCCUGACCCAACUGGGCAGGUACCAGAUUAUAAAUGGACUCCGAAGGUUUGAGAUUGAAUAUCGGGGUGAUCCUGAGCUGCAGCCUAUUCGCAGCUAUGAGAGUGGCCUGUUAGUUCGCCUGCUGUUCCAGCUAUCGUCUGUCAUCAACCUGCGGUUUGCUGGAGAAAUGGAGGCCCUGUGUCAGCGGGACAGUAUAAUGGGAAGACUGGCUCGCUAUUACCUGACUUACCCAGAGUUGGGUCGGAGGAUAAAGUCUGGUCCAGUGAUAUGCCGCAGUUUCCAGCAACAUCAGCCCCGGCUCAGUCUGCGCUUCCUAGCCAGUUACCGCACGCUAUUCUCUCUCUUCAUCUGUAUGGUUAUCGGUGCCACGCUCAAUCUGCACCCCUUGGCUUCUUUUCUGCUGAUCCUGAUCUUGUGGUUUCUCUACGGGAUUGCAUGGGCUCUAUGUACAGAUCAAACUAAACCUCACCAAGCUUGAAAAGGAUUCAACUCUUUUUCUAUUUUUCUACUUUCUUCAGAAAAUAUUUUUUUUAAAGUUGUAAAAAUGGAGGUUAAUCUUGGAUCAGAUACCAGUACCUAAGUUUUAUUAAAAAUAAUUUGAGCUAUUUAAUAAUACUAUCAGAGCUGACAGGGGAUUUAUUUUUUACAGAUGACAAAGUUCCUUGUUGGUGGUUGUGUUGCAUCAUCCUAAUUUUAAUAUUCAAUGUGAUGUGAAAGCAUUGAAGAUUUGUCAGAAGAAACCUCAAUUGAUAACAUGUCCUGAGAAUGGUGUAUUUGACUCUGAACCCUGCACUGGGAUCUUAUCCACAUCUCCAGGAGUGUUUCUAGUCACAAGUCUAGUUCACUUCCUAGCUCCACAUUGUUGCUUGCCGUAACUAUUCUCUAACAAAAUGGAUUGUCUUGUACCCACUGGCAUCAAUCAGUGUGGAACUGAACUGAAGUGCACAGCCUAAUGAGGGACCAGGCACCAUGAAAUGGCCAUCCACCUAACAGUGUGCACCUGGCUCCAGUCCAGGUGAUGCUGAUCACUUCAAGCUAAGGAACCAUUGUUAAUAAAAGUGUUGCCGUUAUGUAACCACCUCCUGAGAAUGAAUUCUGCUGUACUAUUUGAAAAUUACAGAAUACAAAAGCAAAACACUGCAGAUGCUGGAAAUCAGAGACAAAAACAGACAAUGUUGGAAAUACUCAGGUAAGGCAGCAUCUGUGUAGCAAAAAACAUUUAAUAUUUCAGGUCAAUGACCCGAGCUUAAAUGGAAGAUCAUUGACCUGAAAUAUUAACUGUUGUUCUUUCCACAGAUGCCAGACUUGGGUGUUUCCAGCAUUUUUUUUUCUUGAGUUGAUAAACCUUGGCUGUGCUGAAAGACUGGGAGGGGAGUGGGGUGGAGAUGAGAGGAAAUGAAAUCUCAAUGAGGAAUGCAGUGUCUGUGGAAGUCGGUCUGAGUGUUCUAUCCUCUAAUAAUUGGAGGGACAUUAUUAAUUCCGAGGGCUCUAAUUCAUUAAAAAUUACAUCUCAUGGGACGUUAAUGCUAGUUCCAGAAAUUCCCAAAAUGUGUACCAAUUCACUUUCCCAAAAUGUCGGUGGAAAAAUGAAACACUUUUCCAUAAAAGAGAAUGUACUGAUUGACACAACCAUCUCCGAUCACUCCAUCUUCUCACUGCCUUUGCCUCUUCUGCGAGAUGCUUUUCUGUGUCUUCACCACUGUAAUUGUUGAAAUUCAGCAGUAUUAAUUGGAAGGUGAGAUGUACAAAAUGGCUGUUAAUUUCCUGUUUAAAUUGAAGUGUCAGCCAUAUUAAUGGAAAACCCAUUAUGUAUUUUUAAAAUGAAUUUGAUAAAUCUUUAA